AUGGCGAUGAGGAGAUUCUACAACGAGAUCAAGGGGUUGAAGGUGAAGGAAUUGCCCGACCACAUUAAGCCGAUGCUGUCCGUCGAUUAUGCCAAGAAGGCUGUGCAGAGAGGCUUGGACAACUACCACGCCAAGUACAUCCAGACCAGCUCCGUCGAUCCUCUCCUCCAUGUCUGCUUCGGAGGCAUGAUCUUCUCCUACCUCGUCGCUCUUCCCGAGGAGCGCCGCCACCUCGAGCACGCCAAGCACGCCAAGGAGCACGGCCAUUGACCUCGAUCAUACGAAUGGUUAGUGAGGGCUUUGGGUGUUUCUCCGACAACACAUGGUAUCAUUGUGAUACAAUAAAAUUCUCUUGGCCGUGGGUAUCUUACCUAUUACUUCUGAAAUUUGACCAUUAAAUGAGUUAUCAGGAAUAAACAACGUUUGUCAUUAUGCGGACGGUUACUGAUUUUGUUAUCCGAAUGACUCUGUCUUGCUGCCUCUCACAUUCUUAUUGAUGUUUUGAUUGUCCUACUUUAGUGUUGGUAUUCAGAGGCCUGCAUAUCUAACUGAAUGCUAGUUUGGUUAGGUUUCUGAAA